AGCGGGGCUCGGACCGCCUGCGCGCCGACGCAGCACGGCUCACGGCGCGCAGGAGCCGUCGCUUCCCCGCCGCCGCGCGGUUGUCGAGGCAACACCUUCCCGCGGCACCAUGAUGCAGAACGUGGCGCAGCAGGUCGCCCACGAGCGCUACCUCCGGCAGACCUACAAGGACCGAGCUCCUGGCGACCGAGCAGGAGGUGCAGUUCCGGGGCAGGGACGCCUACGUGCCGAGGUUGGUGACGGUGGACAUCAAGGCAGCCGCCGCGGCGGGGCAGAGCGCCGUCCCGCCCCCUGGCGGCGGAACCGGGCGCGUCGGAUCCGUGUCUCAUACGCCGAGCCCGUCCAGAGCAGCCGGCCGACCUUCACGCGCGGCAAAGGCGGCGGCAAAGGCAGGGCCGAGCAGCCCCAUAUCUUCCCGAAGGAUGGCGUAGGCCCGGGGCGGAGGGGGAAGACCGGGGAGGCACUGUUCUCCUGACAGCGGGGUCAGAUGCUGGCAUAGGUGGCAUGCGAUGCAGUUCUAACUACAGCAAAGGGCUGGAAACCAGUAGGAUGAGUGCUGCACCCGCUUCCAUGACAGGCAGCGCUUCCAUCACGGCUCCUAGUUGGAGUGCCCUUCCCAUCCUUAGUGC